CGAUUCAAUCAAAUUUGACGAGAUCCAAAUAUCUUGGCAUAAGACGAAGUAUACCAUCUGUCCAAAUCCCUAUCCAUUUGACACUCGAGCAAGCAAGUUCAUGAGGCCCCAAAGGAAGAAAGUUGGAGCGGUCUCCAGCCACAGCUACUGGCCAAUGUAUAGGGACGCAACACAAGCGAAGAAUUGGCCUUGACGGCGAUGUUGGAUCCCGUCAAACAACGGACCACGUCUCCCGCGUUGACUGACUGCCUUGUUGACCGCAUCAGACAAGUUACCUCGAGGACGCCUCCGUCUCCGCCCUAAAUUUCUUAGCCGACCCCACCGAGACAUACGUACGCUGUUUGGUUCUUGAUACCAACUUCCAUGGAAACCCCCUCGCUGCUCAACACAUCACACGUUCUUAAGAUUUACAAACAGCAUAUAUCCUUCUCUGACUCCGUCUUCAUGCAUCAUGUAGCUCGUCAAGAUGAUCAUAAAUUUCGACCAAUCAGAGAACAGCAUGCUAUCCAGCAAGACUGAUUUCUGUAUAGAUUUCUACAAUCUUCAAGACAUCCUUCUCCCCUUCUCUGUGGACAAGUUCAAAGGAGUCCCAAAAGGUCUCUUCCCCCUUUCUUUUUCCUUUCCUUUCUUUUGCUUCACUAGUUAUAUAUUUCAUGUGCUUUCCCAGUAUCCACAAUGGCUCCUCCCUCUUUAUCGGUCUAGGCCGUGCUCAGCCCGACAGCAUCCUCUAUUUCUCCACCCGAAGAGAACACUCGAUCGGCCUCCAAUCCUCCACGAAUUAACCAUGGACUCCUCUGAGCCACCGACAGCACCCUCUAUUUCUCCACCCGAAGAGAACACUCGGCCUCCAAUCCUCCACGAAUUAACCAUGGAGUCCUCUGAGCCACCGACAGGGCGGCUGUCGCCGAGGCAAGAGCUCCGAGGCCCCCGGCCGGCCCGUGUCAAGGCUCGAAAGGACCCAUACAAGAUCAAGAAGACUCCUGCGGCGCCGCCCCCUCCUCAGCAUCGGCCACCAGUCAUAAUCUACACCGAGCCGCCCAGGGUCAUCCACACCACCCCUAGCAACUUCAUGUCGCUGGUGCAACGCCUCACUGGUGCCUCCUCCUCCUCCUCUUCCUCCUCCUCCUCUUCUGCCAAUGCUGCUGCUUCCCGGUCGCUUUCUAAUGCUAUUACCGUUGGAGAAACAGUGCCCUCCGCUGCUCGUGUAGCUGCAAUCGAGAAGGGAGCAAGCACAUCCCACGACGAGGGGCCAAGAAAGAACGGAGAGGAUGUGAUCGAUCAACUAGGAAUUGAUGGUGGCGCGCCUGACUUCUUCUCACCCUCCAUGGACCCGAAUUCUCUUAACCCCUUGCAUGAACCCAGCCCGGCUUUCGAUGGAAACAGAAAUUUUGUGGAGAAUACCUUCUUGGAGAGUCCUAAUAAUCUCUUGACAACUCCUGCUGAACCUUCUCCUGCUGGUUACUGGGACCCCUUCUACCAGGACUUCGAUCAGUUUGAUCCAUAGAUAGGAGCACAGAGAGACAAAAAGGUUGAAGAAAUAGAUGGUUGGAUGGCUAAUUGUGGGAUACGCAUGAAGACAAGACCCGAUAGGAUCGUUCCUGUUUUCUUCUGAUCGGACUUAAUUUUUCUCUGGUGGGCCCUACGACUUACAAUCCUCAUCACUGUGACAUCACAAACCAACCUAAGCUCUUAUCUCUUUGAUAGAAGCAGGUAUAUCUAAUUGGUACAGGUUUUCAAUUAGCCUUCCCACCAUUAGCUUAAGUUCGGAGGGUGACCAGUCCUUGGCACACUCCAACCA